AUGGCGGAAAGCCCUGUCCCUGUUAGGAAGCAGUUUGUGUGCGAGUGUGGUCGUGAGUACAUUCGCAAAGAGCAUCUGCAGCGCCACAAAGCCACACACGGUCGGCCAUCCUUUACUUGCUCUGCCUGCGACAGAUCCUUUACCCGCCUAAAAGCCACACCCAUCUAUGCAAGGCUAUCGUCGAUCCUCGCUAAUCACAACUCCUUUAGUGAUUUACUCCGGCGCCAUUCAAAAAUCCACGGUGCCGUGGUACCCGACUCCCGCAAGGAACCCGCCUGCGAUGCCUGCCACGCCAGCAAGAUCAAGUGUGAUGGCGGCAGCCGAUGCUCCCUCUGUCGCAAGCGCGACAUUGAGUGUACCUAUCAGCGCGCCAACCUCGCUCGCCGGGUCAUUGAUGCCAAUCCCGACGUCGUCUUUGAUCUCAGCGGUGGCAACUUUUCCGCCAACCAGGCACCCUCAACCACUACUACCAGCAACCACGGCCCGCCUAGGAGGACAAACUCGGCUGCUGCCCGCAGCGUGCGAGCAACCAGCCAGGGCAGCUCUGCGAGCGAUGCCUCGCCGCCGCCCAUGUUCACGCCGCCGACAAACGUCUCGCCUCUCGAGGCCUCCUGGAAUGAGCGCACAAGGGCUGGCACGCGAGUCAUUGCCCAUGCCAUGGGCGUGCUCCGUGACGGAGGCGAGAGCGACGCCCUGUCAAAUCCCUCGCCAAAGAUGAAGGAGUGGCUGGAUGACUGCUUUCAGUCGUAUUUUGGCCAAUUUCACGAGACAUGGCCCAUACUACACGCGCCGCAGUUUGAUGAUCCUGUUGAAUCUGUACCGCUGGCCGCCUCUAUUGCCAUUAUUGGGGCCUGGCGCCAAGUCACUGACCCGGGCGCCUUGCAAAUGAUUUUUGCUAUUCAUCAAAUUUUGAUGCAGUAUUUAUUUGCACAGCUAACGCGCUUUACAUUCGAUGCAAGCCAGCCUUGGCCUCUUGCAGUAUAUCAGGCUGGUCUACUCAAUGCCAUAUUUGCCUUUGAGAUUGGGAAGUGGUCCUUUAUACCAAGAGGUAGAAUGUUGCAUGUGGCGGUAGCAACCAUUCUGCGACAAACAAACAUGUUUAAUAGCGAAAGCGCCAUACACCAUCAACGGAGGCAUUAUCCAAGCAACUAUAUGCCCUGGAUUUACGAAAAACAUGAGUCUUGGAAACGGUUGGCCAUGAGCACCCUGAAGCUGGACCGCGACAUUGCGCUUCUCUACAACCAAUCAGCCUUUAUCCACAACGAAGAGCUCAAUCUGCAGCUUGCCUCUUCAUUCGGCAUGUGGAACGCACACGGGCUCCACAUACUGUACCGACGCGUGCCGCGCGAGAUGAGCCAGCGGCAAGACUACAGAAUCUCGCAGCUCAUGAACAUGACGGACGCCAACCUCUCGUUCCCGCUGCUGGCCGAGGACGUGGAGCUCGUGCUCCUGGGCGCGGCCAACCACGUGUGGACCUACCGACGGCAGUGCAGCGCGGCGGCGGCGACGGCGGCACCGGCACCAGCAGACCUGGCCGGGCAGCGCAUCCACAUCAUGAUGCAGCUGGAGCUGUGCAAGCACCAGCUGAACCGCAUGUACGGGGUGCAGAGCUUCCCCAAGAACCACGCGGCGGAACUCGAAGUCAUGCUGGCGGCUUACUACGGGCGCGAGGAGGAGGAGACGAGUCCCGUGCUGCUGGCCGAGGCGAUGCGGCGCUUCUCGCAGGCCACGUUCAACGCGGCCAUGCUGCACAGCGUCCUCGAGCUGCACAUGUGCGCCGACGUGCAGCAGCUCGUCGACGUCACCUCGGGCCUGUACGAGGGCGACGAGCUCUACACGGAGAUGAUGCUGCGCAAGCAGGCCCGCAUCGCCGAGUGGGUGGUGAGCAUUGACGGCCGCUCCGCCGUCAUCCGCGCCCUCACCAUUCUGCGCCUCUACGAGGAGCACAUUGCCGCCGCAGGCGCCGGCGCCGGCGCCGGCAACGACUCCCUCCGCUGCCGCAGCAAGAGCAUUGAUCCGAUUGCGCAUAUUGGCCUGCUGGCCGCGUCCGUCGUGGCGCGCGCAUGGGUCGAGGGCGCUCUUCAGGGCGGCUGCAUAUGCGGCGCUGCCGUGCCAGCGCUGGAGAUUGGCGGCUUGCCGGGCUUACCCGACGACGGGCCGGCCUUUUCGUCUUGGAAGGCGACGGGUGGGCGGCUGCAGUAUAACGGCGUCGCGCUGUGCGGCUGCAAUUUGAUGAGCUGGCGGGACCGAUUUGCUAGGGGCUUGCCAGAGGGAGGCUGGGGACAGCGCAUGGAUAGAAACUGGCCGCUGCUGUAG